AUGGUGCAUUUAGCUCAAAAGGGGACGCCGAUCCCAUCCCUCUUCGUAGCUCCAGCCUCAUUCCAAGAGAUCCCUAAUAUGAUUCUGAAAAAUCUUUUGUCCUCUUCCCUCGUCUUGGGCGCCGCGCUGGCGAGCCCCCAUCUCAGCCGACGACAGGAUGGCCCUGUCGACCCUGGCACGGCGGCCGAUUGCACCUACUAUGAUACGGCCCUCGACUCGAGCUAUACUUGCAAAUGGUUCGAGUUCAACUGGGGAUUGUCCCAUGAGGACUUAGUGUCCUACAAUCCCUCAGUCAAGGACGACUGCAGUGGCCUCAGGGUUGGUAACUCCUACUGCGUCGAGGUCAAUCACGGCCAGCCCCGUCCGACCACCACCGCCACCUCCUCCACCCCAACCAGCACGGCCACCCCGAAGCCCUCUCCGACGCAGGACGGCCUGAUCGACACCUGCACGGCCUUCUACAUGGCCGUAGCAGGUGAUACCUGUGACAGGAUUGUGGCCAGGUACGGCACCUUCACGACGGCCGAGUUCAUCUCGUGGAAUCCCGCCGUCGGCGCGGACUGCAGUGGCCUCUGGGCGAAGACCUACUACUGCGUCGGCAUUCCCAGCACGCCGACCACGAAGCCUUCAACCACGGCCACGCCGACGGGUGGCCCCUCGCCCACGCAGACGGGGAUCAUCUCCACAUGCAACAUCUUCUACAAGGCUGUCGGCGGGGACACCUGCAGCAAGGUCGUCGCCAAGUACGGCACCUUCACCUUGGACCAGUUCCUGAGCUGGAAUCCGGCCGUGGGAGCGGACUGCAGUGGCUUAUGGCUGGGAUACUACUACUGUAUCGGGGUCCCAGGAACGCCGACUCAGCCCAUCACGCCAACCACUACGGCGGGCUGCACGAGUGCGCCGACACCGACGCGGCCGGGCGCCAUUUGCGCAUGCAAUAAAUGGCAUAUGGUGGUUGGGGGCAAUACGUGUGACAGCAUCCAGAGGCAGUACGGCAUCAGCGCGGCCAACUUCAAUCAGUGGAAUCCGCAGGUGGGAACGAGCUGUUCAACUCUUUGGCUGGGAUACUAUGUCUGUGUGGGCGUGUAA